AUGGGAUUAAGAUUACGCCAGUGUGCUUGCCCGAAGCCGUCGCAAGAUGGUGAAGACUGUGAAAUACCACCAGAAACAGCAGAAAUGGCAGUUAAUCUAUUAGUUAAUAACAUUACUGACGCUCCAACGGGAUCUGCACUUGAAGCAAUACUUAAAGGUGAAGGAUUAUGGGAACCAUGCAACCGUCAUCAUUGUUCAUAUUUAAAAACAUUAAAUACUGAAGAAGAUUUAUUAUUGUUGGAGGAUUUAAAUCUUCAAAGAGCAGAAGAUGCCUGGAUAUCAUCAGGUGGUCUACCACAGAGAAUUCAUGGUCCCUUAAAACUUUUCUGUCCAUCAUCACGUAAUUCUCGUAAGAAAAUAUUCGAUAAAUCUGAACGCUUUCCAAAAUCCAAGUUUUACUGGACUCGCUCAAUUCCCACUUCUUCAAAAGAACCCUAUUAUAUUCCGGGAAUACCAAUAGUGAAUUCAAAUCUAUUUAUCGUUGAAAAUGAUCACUUGACUAUUCAUAGUUUAGACCCAUCGACUAUGGGAAUUUAUCGAUUUGGUUACGAGUAUGAACCUGGCUAUUUUGAAACAGUUUGCUUUUUUCCUGUUUACAUUCAUCAAUGGCAACAAGUAUUAUCUCAUGGAGAAACAUUUGACUUAGUUUGUAAUUCAUUGGGAUUAUGGCCUAUUAUAAGUAAAUCUACCACAACAAAAUGGUUCAUUUAUUGGAACGUAACUUUAUUGGAAAAAGAAGAGCAGAAUGAUACAAAAAAGCAUAAAUUAUGGUGGUAUACAGAACUGAAAAAUUCUCAUAUCGAUAAACAUGAAGGAAAUAAUUCAUUUGACAAUCAAACUGAUAAUCCAUCAAUGUUUGGAACACAAUUCACAUUAUGGGAUACAGAACAUAAGAGACUGUAUGAUACUGUGAAAAAAAUGACAGGAUAUUAUGAAUGUCAUAUAUUUAAUCAACUUAAUUCCACAUAUAAUCGAACAUUUAUCACGCAAUCAAUUCAUCUUAUAAUAAAACCACCUCCAAAUAUAUGGACCUUAGUGAAAGGCUGGUGUUUACAGCAUCAAAUAAAUUUAAUAAUAUUAUUUUUGAUAAGUAUAAUAACAAGUCUUUCAUAUGCAACUUAUAAAUGGACAAUAGCAAAGAAAUUAUCAAAACUAGAAAUUCAAAUGAAUGAAACAAGAAAGCAUAGACAAAGUACCAAUUUCGAUGACAUUUACAUUAUCAACUAG